GUUAUGGCAAAACUAUUUAAAGCUCCGGUACAGUGCUUCACUGUUAGAUGUUUCUGUUUCAUUUUACGAGUUUUGAAGCCUCGGUGUUGAUCACAUCAGUGAGUUUGACGUGUUUCCAUAUACAGGGAAGAUGUCAGACUUUGAGACGAGGAAGAGAUCUUCAUCUCCAGAUCCCAGCUGUGUGUCUCUGAAGAGCAAUCAAUCCAUGGAAUAUCCUGUUAGAUUCAGUGAUGGACCAGUGACCUCUGACCCCAGGAAGAGGAAGAGAUCUUCAUCUCCAGAUCCCAGCUGUGUGUCUCUGAAGAGCGAUGGAUCCAUGGCUCCUCCUCCUGUAUUCAGUGAUGGACCAGUGACCUCUGACCCCAGAGAUAACCAGACUGGAGACCAGGAUUCUCCUCAAGCAGUAGAUGAUGAACUCCAGAGAGUCAAAGAGCAGCUCAAAAUCAGCAUGAAGAACAAGUAUGAGAGAUUAUUUGAGGGACUGAACCUCCAGGAGAAUGAAACCCUCCUAAACAGGAUCUACACACAGCUCUACAUCAUAGAGGGAGAGAGUGAAGGAGUGAAUGAACAACAUGAGGUUUUCCAGAUGGAGAAAACAGCCAGAACACAACACUCACAAGACACUCCAAUCUACUGCAAUGACAUCUUUAAAGCCUCAGCUGAACCAGGAUGUGAGGAGGAACACCAGAUCAAGACUGUUCUUACUAAAGGCAUCGCUGGAAUCGGAAAAACCGUCUCUGUGCAGAAGUUCAUUCUGGACUGGGCCGAGGGAAAAUCCAAUCAGGAUGUAGAUUUCAUGUUUGUGCUUCCAUUUCGAGAGCUGAACUUGAUCCGAGAUCAUCAGUACAGUCUUCACAGACUUCUGCUGGACUUUCAUCCUGAACUUCAAGAUCUGGACUCAAAGAUUUAUGAGCAGUGUAAAGUUGUGUUCAUCUUUGAUGGUCUGGAUGAAAGCAGAAUCACAUUGAGGUUUUCAGACGCUCAGAAAGUUUCUGAUGUGAACGAGACUUCAUCAGUGGGUGUGUUGAUGUCAAACCUCAUCAGAGGAGACCUGCUUCCCUCUGCUCUCAUCUGGAUCACCUCCAGACCAGCAGCAGCCAAUCAGAUCCAAUCCAAAUACAUCAACCGUCUGACAGAGAUUCAGGGAUUCAAUGAGCCUCAGAAGGAGGAAUAUUUCAGGAAGAGAAUCAGUGACGAGCAUCAAGCCAGCAGAAUCAUCUCACACAUCAGAAGAGCAAGAAGCCUCCACAUCAUGUGCCACAUACCCGUCUUCUGCUGGAUCUCAUCCACUGUGCUUCAGAAGCUCCUGAAAGAAGAUCUGAGUGCAGAAAUCCCUCAAACUCUGACUGAAAUGUACAUCCACUUCCUGCUGAUUCAGAUCAACAUGAGGAACCAGAAGUAUGAAGAGAGAGAUCCAGAGAAACUGCUGCAGUCCAACAGAGAAGUGAUUGUGAAACUUGCUGAAGUGGCUUUCAAUCAGCUGAUGAAGGGCAAUGUGAUGUUCUAUGAGGAGGACCUGAGAGAGAGCGGCAUAGACGUCACUGACGCCUCAGUGUAUUCUGGGAUUUGCACUGAGAUCUUUAAGGAGGAAUCUGUGAUUCAUCAGAGGAAAGUCUACAGCUUCAUUCAUCUGAGCUUUCAGGAGUUUCUCGCUGCUUUCUAUCUGUUUCAUUCACAUGUGAUCAAGAACAAGAAACCACUGGAGGAAUUCAGAUUGUACAGAUCUUAUAAAGUCUCUCUGUUUGAUAAAGACCCUCUGGAUAAUCUACUAAGAUCAGCAGUAGAUAAAGCCCUCAGGAGUGAGAAUGGACAGCUGGAUCUGUUCCUGCGGUUCCUGCUGGGCGUCUCACUGGAGUCCAAUCAGAGACUCUUACAGGAUCUACUGAUACACACAGAGAACAGCUCAGUGAGCAUCAGGGGAAUCACACAGUACAUUAAGCAAAAGAUCAAAGAUGAAGAUAGUGUUCUCUCCACUGAAAGAUCCAUCAAUCUGUUCAUCUGUCUGCUGGAAGUGAAAGAUCAGACUCUGUCCAGAGAGAUUCAGGAGUUUGUGAAAUCAGACAAACACUCAGAGGAGAAACUCUCUCCGUCUCACUGCUCAACAAUCUCCUACAUGAUUCAGAUGUCAGAAGAGCCGCUGGAUGAGCUGGACCCCAUGAAAUACAACACAUCAGAUGAGGGGAGAAGAAGACUGAUACCAGCUGUGAUCAACUGCAGAAAAGCUCUAUUUUCUGGCUGUAAUCUCUCAGAUCAGCAUUGUGAAAUUGUGUCUUCAGCUCUACAAUCCUCAAACUCUGUCCUGAGAGAGCUGGAUCUGAGUAACAAUGACCUACAGGACUCUGGUGUCAACUUCAUUUCUGAUGGACUGAAGAGUCCAAACUGUCAGCUGCAGAUCCUGAGUCUUGCUGGCUGUAAUCUCACUGCUCAGUGUUGUGACAGUUUGUCUUCAGCUCUACAAUCCUCAAACUCUGUCCUGAGAGAACUGGAUCUGAGUAACAAUGACCUACAGGACUCUGGUGUCAGCUUCAUUUCUGAUGGACUGAAGAGUUCAAACUGUCAGCUGCAGAUACUGAGACUUGUUUGCUGUAACCUCUCAGAUCAGCAUUGUGAAAUUGUGUCUUCAGCUCUACAAUCCUCAAACUCUGUCCUGAGAGAGCUGGAUCUGAGUAACAAUGACCUACAGGACUCUGGUGUCAACUUCAUUUCUGAUGGACUGAAGAUUCCAAACUGUCAGCUGCAGAUCCUGAGGUUGUCUGGCUGUAUGGUGACAGAGGAAGGUUGUGGUUAUGUGUCUUCAGCUCUGAGUUCAAACCCCUCACACCUGAGAGAGCUGGAUCUGAGCUACAAUCACCCAGGACAAUCAGGAGUGCGGCUGCUCAACCACAAACUGGAGGAUCCAAACUAUAAACUGCAGAUACUCAAUGUGGAUCAUGGAGGAGAGGUCAUGAUGACAGCAGGACUACGAAAGUAUGCCUGUGAUCUCACACUGGAUCCAAACACAGCAAACACUCGACUCAUUCUGUCUGAUGGGAACAGGAAGGUGACGCGUGUGGAAGAGCGUCAGCCGUAUCCUGAUCAUCCAGAGAGAUUUGAUGAGUAUCCUCAGGUUCUGUGUAGAGAGAGACUGACUGGACGCUGUUACUGGGAGGCUGAAUGGAGUGGAUAUUAUGCUGGAAUAUCAGUGACAUAUGAAGGAAUCAGCAGGAAAGAAGAGAGUGAAGACAGUGUGUUUGGAUUAAAUGACAAAUCCUGGAGUCUGCUCUUUGAUAGAGGAUUCUCUGUCCGUCACAAUAAGAACAGGACUGAUGUAUCUGCUGUCCGUUCAUCCUGUAAUAGAGCAGGAGUGUAUGUGGACGUGUCGGCCGGCUCUCUGUCCUUCUACAGCGUCUCUGACACACACACACUCACACACACACACACUCUCACACACUUACACACAUUCAACACCACAUUCACUGAACCCCUCUGUGCUGGAUUUAUGGUUUAUAAUUAUUAUUCCUCGUCAGUGUCUCUGUGUGAUAUUAAAGGAUAGAGAGACACUCUGUUAAUCCUCUUUCUGAUCUUCACACACACUCAUCAAAUCUCACUUCAUCACAUUUGUAUUAAAUCAUUUUUAAUUCAUGUUUUUCAUUGUCAUCUAGAAGUUACACAUCUAGAUCAGACACACACACUGUUCUGAAUCUGGAAUAAACAGAGUAAUAAAGUUGCUUUAAUAUUCAUAUUGUAAAUUGUUCAUCAGAUUGAAUAAAAGUACAUUUGAGACUCA